AUGGCUUCAGAUUCUAUGAAUACAAAAUACCCUCGGAAUCACUUCACGAAGGGGAAAAGGCAGCAGCACCAGCAAGCAAAGACCAGGUCCUCCAUCGGUGAUGGCGAUGGCGACGACUCCUUCAUCUUUGAAGCACAGGAAGCUUGGAAAGAUUUUCAUGGGUCUCUUCUUCGGUUUUAUGAAAAUGGAGAACUCUGUGAUGUCACACUAAAGGUUGGCUCCAAGUUAAUCUCUUGUCACAAACUGGUUUUGGCUUGCGUUAUUCCCUACUUCAGAGCCAUGUUUCUCUCCGAAAUGGCUGAAGCCAAGCAGACGGUGAUUGAGAUUAGAGACUUUGAUGGCGACGCCAUAGAAGACCUGGUCAAGUUUGUCUAUUCCUCACGGCUCACUCUGACUGUUGACAACGUCCAGCCUCUCCUAUACGCAGCCUGCAUUCUGCAGGUGGAACUGGUGGCGAGAGCUUGCUGUGAAUACAUGAAGUUACAUUUUCAUCCCUCCAACUGCCUGGCGGUAAGAGCCUUUGCGGAAAGUCACAAUCGAAUAGACUUAAUGGACAUGGCGGACCAGUAUGCCUGUGAGCACUUCACUGAAGUGGUGGAGUGUGAAGACUUUGUUAGCGUGUCACCCCAGCAUCUCCAUAAGCUUUUGUCCUCCAGCGAUCUGCAUAUUGAGAAUGAAAAACAGGUCUACAGUGCAGCCAUCAAGUGGCUCCUUGCCAAUCCUCAGCAUCAUUCCAAAUGGCUGGAUGAAACGCUUGCCCAGGUUCGUUUGCCGCUGUUGCCAGUGGAUUUCCUUAUGGGUGUUGUGGCAAAAGAACAGAUUGUCAAGCAAAACCUAAAAUGUAGAGAUUUAUUGGAUGAAGCAAGGAACUACCACCUUCACUUGAGUAGCAGAGCAGUACCUGACUUUGAAUACUCUAUUCGGACGACACCAAGGAAGCAUACCGCUGGUGUGCUGUUUUGUGUGGGUGGCCGAGGUGGAUCUGGUGACCCUUUUCGAAGUAUUGAGUGCUAUUCUAUCAGCAAAAACAGUUGGUUCUUUGGACCAGAGAUGAAUAGUCGAAGGCGACAUGUGGGUGUGAUCUCUGUGGAAGGUAAAGUGUAUGCCGUGGGUGGACAUGAUGGAAAUGAGCACUUGGGUAGCAUGGAGAUGUUCGACCCUCUCCAUAACAAGUGGCUGAUGAAGGCAUCGAUGAACACAAAGAGGCGAGGGAUUGCCUUAGCCUCCUUAGGAGGCCCAAUUUAUGCGAUUGGAGGGUUGGAUGACAACACCUGCUUCAACUACGUGGAGAGAUAUGACAUAGAGUGUGACCAGUGGAGCACAGUGGCACCAAUGAUCACUCCCCGGGGAGGCGUUGGCUCUGUGGCUCUCGUGAACCAUGUUUACGCAGUGGGUGGCAAUGACGGAGUAGCCUCUCUCUCUAGUGUGGAGAGGUAUGAUCCACAUCUGGAUAAGUGGAUAGAACUGAAAGAGAUGGGCCAACGAAGAGCAGGCAAUGGAGUUAGUGAUCUCCAUGGUUGUUUAUACGUUGUUGGCGGUUUUGAUGAUAAUUCUCCUCUGAGUUCGGUUGAGCGGUAUGACCCUCGAAGCAACAAGUGGGAUUAUGUAGCAGCACUUACCACUCCCAGGGGUGGAGUGGGGAUCGCAACCGUCAUGGGCAAAAUCUUUGCAGUUGGUGGUCAUAAUGGCAACGCUUACUUAAAUACAGUAGAAGCAUUUGAUCCAGUGCUGAACAGGUGGGAGCUUGUUGGAUCUGUGUCUCACUGCAGAGCUGGAGCAGGUGUAGCUGUGUGUGCCUGUUUAACCAGCCAAGUUCGAGAUGUAGGUCAUGGAUCCAACAAUGUGGUUGACUGCAUGUGA